AGUAAGUAACAGCGUGAUUUGAGGAAUCAUUGUCUCUGGAGCACAUCAUCGAGAUCUGAUCAAAUCAAUCAGUCGACAGUAACAACCUGCCCUAGUAACGCGCUACAAGAAGCUCGCGCUUGAUGGCGUGCGCGUGACCACACUGUUCCUCACAGCUGUGUGUGUGUGUGUGAGAGCGCAGAGAGAGAGACAGAGAGAGGAGAGAGAGAGAGAGAGAGAGAGAGAGAGAGAGAGAGAGAGAGAGAGAGAGGAGCAGCAGCAGCAGACGCGCUCGCUCGCUCCUCGCAGCGCUCCGUCGGUAUGUCUCGAGCCGCUCUCCGUUCACUAGUAUGACCACAUGCGGGCCAAGUUGACUCGCGUCGCCUGCGCGUCGACGACAGCGUUGCGUACCAGAAGAAAAUAUGGACGAGUCGUCGCUGCUGGAUCUGCUGGAGUGUUCUGUGUGUCUGGAGCGGCUGGACACGAGCGCCAAAGUGCUGCCCUGUCAGCACACCUUCUGCCGCCGCUGCCUGGAGAACAUCGUGAGCUCCAGACACGAGCUGCGCUGCCCGGAGUGCCGCAUCCUGGUGGACUGCGCGGUGGACGAUCUGCCUGCGAACAUCCUGCUGGUGCGUCUCCUGGACGGAAUUAAACAGCGCCCGCGGAACGGUGGAGGGAGAGCGGCGCUGGCGGGGUGCGCGGCCGGUGUGUCGGCUUCGCCCGCGGGGACAGCGGUGCGGGAUCUGCCCGUCGCCACGCGGAGCUCCCCGGUCAAGAAGAGCAGAGCUGUGAGGUCAGGAGGAGAUGGAGCUUCAGCCGCGGGGGUCAGAGGUCAACCCUGACACACAAACACUAUUGUGAUUAUGGAAAUGAGACAACAGAAUAAUUGAUCACCAUAGAGACCAACGAGAAGUGUAACAAAGCCUGCGGAAGAAUAAUCAGUCACCCUUCCCUGCAUAGACACCGCUGUUCAAACGUUCAGUAAGAUUUCUGAUGUUUUUUAAAGAAGUCUCUUCUGCUCAUCAAGGCUGCAU